AUGCGUUUCAAAUUGAAAAAUAAAGGGCCGAAAAAGCGUUUACAAAAUGUGUUUAAAUUGUACAAAAAUUUGGGCACUAGUUGGCAAGUCCAAACAAAAUUAUUUUUUGAACAUUCGACUCUACAUGGAGUGCGAUACAUUGCUGAGAAUGGUCGACCAUUUUUAGAAAGAUUUAUGUGGUUUUCAUGUGUGGGAAUUGGGGCUGUAGCCACAGUUGUUAUUAUUGUGAGUUUAUGGGACAAGUUUCAGACAAAUCCAACUAUCACAGGUCUUGACACCGAUUUCCACAACUGGAAGGUACCAUUUCCUGCGAUAACGGUGUGUCAGGAAAAACCGUACAAUCUAUCACGUAUUGAGGAAUAUUUUGAAGAUAAAUAUUCAGACCCGUCUUUGGGCUACUCUGUAGAACUUUUAACCGAACUCACCAAACUUUCAUUUGAUUCAAUACGAGAACUCAAAUAUAAAAUCAAGCCUUCGACUUCUAACACUUUCGAUUUAAAGGAAGUUGCGUUCGAGUUGAUGAACCGUUGCGAAGAAAUUUUUGAAAGCUGCGAAUUCAAGUCUUAUAAAAGCAAUUGUUGUGACGAUUUUUUUCCAGUUUUCACCGAAAAGGGGUUUUGCUACACUUUCAAUUCCAGACACUACGAGAAAAAACUUCCUUGGAACGAUACUGUUUCACCAGAAUUUCAAAUGCGAUACAUCAAAGAAACCGAUCUCGCAUGGUCUCUGAAAUUUACAGUCAAGGAUACUUCAAUUAAUAUGCCUAUUUACAUCCUUAAUUCCGAUGAACAAGCCGGCUUAGACAUCCAACCCCAACACAUUUGGGAUUAUAAAAUAAACAAAAUUUCUUUUUCAGUCAAACAAACUUACACAACAGAGGAUACGAAACAAUUAUCAAUCAAACAGAGACAUUGUGUUUUUUCGGACGAAUUAAAGUUGCAAACUGAUAACAUUUACACUUACACGGCUUGUACAAGACAGUGUAGGAUGGACACUUCGAUGCGUUUGUGUAAAUGUGUCCCAUUUUUUUACCCCCAGAUUGGCAGUUACAAACAUUGCUCUCUUUUGCAACUUUCCUGCAUUUGGGAAAAUCUGGAAAGUAUCAAGUCAGUAGACCACUGUUUUUGCCAUUUGGGGUGUUCUAACACGGUUUACGAGGUGGAAAAAUUGACAGAAGCAACUGGGGAUACAGAACGUAAUGAGUUGGAAGCGAGGUUUGUCUCGUGGCCCAUGGUGCGCUAUAAACGCGAAGUCCUGUUUGGUUGGGUCGAUUUGUUGGUGUCGUUUGGCGGCAUCGCCGGGUUAUUUCUAGGUUUCAGUCUAUUGUCCGGGGUCGAAAUUUUGUAUUAUUUCACAAUUAGGGCUUGUUGCAUGGUUGUGCGAGAAAAACGCGAACUGGAGAAAAUACAGUAUGAGCAAAAAACGAAAUUGCCGGAAGAUUACGACUUGAGUCUAAUGCCCUAUUGUUGCUUUGACCCAUUUCCCGGAAAUGGGAUAAAUCAAGUGGCAAAAAGUUACUACAACGAAAAUUUGUACCAGAAUAAAAUCGCACCUUUGACGAAGGGAAAGUGGAACCCGUCUGAAAAAAUUUUGCCCCCUUUCGGUAUAGAAUUUAUUAAUUAA